AAGGCCGUACAACACUCAUGAGGAACCUCCAGCGUCAUUCCGCCACUGCCAGACCAACAAGAGAGUUCUUCAAAGCAGCUUGAAGAUGUCAUCCAUGACUGAGUUCCCUUUGCUCUGUAUUCCAGAUGAACAUAAAAAUGAGAAGGUAAAGCAGUUGUUAGCUCCUCUCGUGUUAACAAAGGCACAGCAACAGAAAGUUUGUAAUGUUUUCCUUGAUGAGAUGCGUUUGGGCCUUGCUUCCAAUCCUGAGAAGAAAUCUUCCCUUUUAAUGGAAAAUACUUUUAUCCCUGAACUUCCUGAUGGUACAGAAAAUGGUGAAUACAUGGCUCUAGACCUAGGAGGAACAAAUUUUCGAGUCAUAUAUGUCAAGAUGAAGAAUGGAAGCAUUACAGAGGAAAUUGUAGACUACUAUCAUGUGCCAGAAGAGCGACGGCUUGGACCUGGACCAGAACUCUUUGAUUAUCUUGCUGAAUGUAUUGGAAACUUUAUGAAGAAAAGAAAAUUGGGAGGACGAAACUUACAGCUCGGUUUCACAUUUUCAUUCCCAAUGACUCAGAUGAGUCUUGAUGUUGGAAUAUUGCUAUCUUGGACAAAAUCUUUCAACUGCCCUGGUGUUGUUGGUGAGGAUGCUGUUAAGAUGCUUAAUGAUGCUAUCCAGAGGCAUGGUGAAUUAGAUAUUACAGUCACAGCAGUUCUUAAUGAUACUACAGGUACACUUGUACAAGGUGCUUACGUGGACAAGCGAUGUGCUUUGGGCAUGAUUCUUGGCACUGGCUCAAAUGGCUGCUACAUAGAAAAGGUUGAGAAUAUAGAGAAGUGGCAAGGAAAGCAUCAGGAAGCCGAGAUGAUUGUGGACAUAGAAUGGGGUGCUUUUGGGGAUAAUGGUGUGCUGGAUUUCAUCAAGACAAGCUGGGAUAGAGUUGUGGACAGCAAAUCACUGCUUGUUAACUCAUUCACCUUUGAAAAGUACUUUGCUGGAAAGUACUUGGGAGACUUAUAUCGAGAGAUUUUACACACACUAUCCAAAGAAGGACUUUUCUGUUCUGGCAACGUUGGCAAGUUAGAUACACAAGGUGCAAUUACCACCACUGAUGUCUCUAACAUUGAAAGGGAUAACAUGCAGGGUGACUCAGAGACUACUAGAAAGGUCAUGGAGGGUGUAGGUCUCACAUGUGAUGAGGAUGAUUUGUGCAUUGCACAGUAUGUUGCUGGUCUCAUUUCCUACCGCGGUGUUCUUCUCAUUUCUUUAUUGACAGGUAUCCUGUUGGUGCGUAUGGAGAGGCCACACUGUACAGUUGCUAUUGAUGGAUCCCUCUUCCAGUAUCACCCAAGAUUUAGACCACUCAUGGAAAAGCUUAUUGCAGAGUUUGCUCCUGACAGAUCAUUUAACCUGCUACUGGUUCACGAUGGCUCAGGGAAAGGAUCAGCUUUGGCAGCUUCCAUUGCUGAGAGAUUGCAGAAAAGGUUGUGAAGACGAAAAGUAAACGGAGUAACGGAGAGCGGCAGUGGAUCUACUGGGGGGGCGGGGAUGCAUCUUCUAUCUCCCCUAAUGUAGGGCUUACCCUCUGGCCUUCCCAAACUACACUAGUAAAAGAAAUAACUACUGCUUCCACACACUUUUAAAAAUUAUAGAACUAGGACUUCCAAAUAAAACAAAAAGUAAUGGAAUGGGAA